AUGGCGACAGACCAGGGACUGCCGAGUCCCGGCAUUCGACUAUCAGACCCUGCCGCUCUUCUAACGCAUAUCGAGGUCCCCAACCAGGUGCGGGAUGUCAUAAUGGACGGUCCGGAUCGCAACAGCGACGCGUACUACACGUAUUUGGACGCUGUGGAUCGGCUGAACGGUGCAGUGCGGUUCAUUGAGGAGGAGCUGCGCAAUGGGCGGUACCUGAUCGCGAGGGCCAUGGAGAAUGUGAAGGCGGACUUCCACGGGCUGCUUGCGGAUAGCAGCCUCUUCCCGGACCUGGACGAGCUUCGGGAGGCGAUGCUGUCCGAGGAGUCGCCGGACCAGAUCACGCCCCCUGAGAUGAUUGCCGAGGCUGCGCUGCCGAAGCUGCACGCCAUGGCUCGGCGGCUGGUGGAGAACAAUUGUGCGACCGACUGCACUCGUGCUUACAAGGAGAAGCGGGAGGCCGCACUAAGGAGGAACUUCCAGAGGCUGGGCGUGCAGACAAUGACCAAGGCGGAGAUCCACAGCACCCCGUGGCCGCAGCUGGAGGAGCGGAUGAGGCGGUGGAGUGAACACAUGCACAUUGGGAUGAUUCUGGUGGCGGGGGAGAGGGAGGCGUGUGACGAGGUGUUUGACGGGCUGGACCCGUGCGGAGAGCAGUGCUUUGUGGACCUCAGCCGCUCCUCCAUGCUGCUGCUCGCCGGCUUUGGCGAGGCCGUGAGCGAGAUCAAGAAGACGCCCGAGCGCCUCUUCUCCUUCCUCGACAUGUAUGAGACGACGCUCGACCUCAAGUGCACGGUGGACGAGCUAUUCAAGGGACCUGAAGGGGAGAUGAUGCGGAGGGAGUAUCAGCACCUGCUCAAGACCCUCGGGCAAGCAGCGAGGGCGACGUUUGAGAAGUUUGAAGAGGCGGUGAAGGCACCGCCAACGCCAGAGGAGGGCGGGCCGGGAGGAGGAGGGGGGUACCCGGCUCUUGCCAGCCCUACUGCCAGCGAGAGCGGGAGGGGAGGCGGGUUCGGGCGGAGUGAGCUGCGAGGCGGGGGGCUUCUGGGACGGCUGAAGAAGAUGAUGCAAAAGGGCGAUGACUCAGCGAGUGAGGUGGCGUCAAUGACAUCCACGUCAGCAGCAGCCGCCCACUCCACAGGAGACAUUCAUCCAAUCACGAGCUACGUGGUCAACUACCUGCUGCUGCUCUGCAACAGCGAGCUGCCCUAUUUUCAAAUACUCGAAUGCGUCUUUGAAGACAUGGUCAGCAACGCCAGCGACUCAGCAGCCAGUAUCGUGACGCCACGUGUGCAGGGCCGCCUGGCCUUCGCCGCCGCCCGCAUCGUGGACGCACUAAAGACGAACCUUGGGCAGCGGGCGGCAGUGCUACGAGACGAAACGUUGGCUGAGCUCUUUAUGAUGAACAACCUUGCUUACGUGCUCACUAAGAUUGAUGCGUGA